ACAUCUGUUAUUUCUCGAACAUUUGUCAAUAGAGAUUCAAAUAGACGGAAAUAAUGUUGGCCUUCAGUAAAUUGUGUUCGAUUGUGGUAUUUUUGGGAAUUUUCAAUUAUUGUUCCGCAACGAAUUAUUGUGAUCCAGAUUUGUGUUAUGGCCUAGAGGGGCACAUUGGAUGUAACAAUAAUGGGCAAUAUGCACCUACCUGUUACCCAGAUGCCAAAAUCGUACCCAUCGACGAAGGUUUACGCAAUGCCAUUAUUCGUAAGCAUAAUGAAUAUCGUAAUCUGGUUGCCAGUGGCUUCGAUCGAUUUGCACCAGCAUCGCGCAUGGCCAAAACACAUUGGAAUGAUGAAUUGGCUCAACUGGCUGAGUUGAAUGUCAAACAGUGUGAAGCUAAACACGAUUUGUGUCGUAACACCGACGAAUUUAAUUUUGCCGGACAAAAUAUUGCUGUUCGCUAUUUCUGGAAUAAUCAGUUUGAUGCUGGCUUAACGGCACUCGAUCAAAUCGAUCAAUGGUUUGAUGAAUAUAAAUUGGCUUCAAUGAAAGAUAUUCGCGAAUAUAGAACUCCAACUGAUGGCACAGUAAUUGGCUCCUUCACCGCUAUGGUGCAAGAAAUGGGCACAAGCAUGGGCUGUGCCAUUCUGCAACAAACUGGUGAAAAGGGUAUUGUACAGCAGAUAUUAACCUGUAACUAUUCCUAUAUCAACAUUGAAGGACUGCCGGUCUACGGUAUUGGUGUAACUGCAAGCCAAUGUACCACAGGUCCUGAUGCCACCUAUCCUUCAUUGUGUAGCGAUAAUGAAGUAUAUGAGGUAAAUGAUAUUCCUCAUUAUAGAGAAUAAAAGAAGCGACAAAUAAAAUAUUUGUUUUUAAGGAAA